AUUAUAAAGUAGUUCUAGGUUUGUCGAUGAAGAAAGAUAGGCAUAGGCUGAUUCAAUGAAUACGUUUUCGGUUGCAUCAUACUCGCGGAUGCGUACUAACGAGGAGGUGGAUCAUGUGUAUUCACUUCUGUGGUCCUAGAACAAGGUGUACCGAUACUUUCAAUCAUAGUUGUGCAACAUCAAUCAUGAUAAAAAACGCGACAACACCAGUACGAUCUCGUCGGGUCGGACGGCGAGUGCUGUCUAGCUUGUGGCUUUGCAUUCCUCGGUCGAGUGCGCUUCAUCAUCCUUCGACGGUGUAUCAUCAUACUUAUGUUGAGAAAAAUGCUCCCAAGCAGUGUCUCACAGUAGAACUUCCUACAUUUAUCAGCAAAGUACGUGCUUCUUCUAACAAGCAGACGAUGUGGACCACCGAGCUGCCUUUCUCGAGGAGAACCCUAGGCCACGUAGCUUCCGACGCAAGCGCAAGAGGAAGGUAGUAGAAGAAGACAGCACAUCAUCUGCAAGGAAAAAUGUAGUUGACGACCCAACUCGUGUAGUUGACGACACGAACACCCCAGCACAUCUUCGCAGAAGCAGUACCGGGAAUGUAGAUGUAGAAGGAGUGGGAGUCGAGCCUGAAGCUAGAAGGAGUAUCGACAACAGUAGAGAAGAUAUUCCAGAAGCGAACGCGUUUUUGGAGAUUGGACGUGGAAAGACGGCAGUUAAGGAUUAAUAAUGAGACCGCCAAGUUCAGACCCAGUAUCGUUCCUCCACAGUCACUUCUGUAGCGUUACAAAGAUUUGUGAUUCAUCUUGUAAAAGAACUGCUCAUGAUGCUAGGUCUGUAGCGUCUUACUCUUCACGACUUAGUACGUUACUGUACGCUUCUUGGAAGUCAUUCCUCGGAGCCUGAUCUCAAUGCUUGUUUGGAAAAUCAGAUUGGAGAUACACAUGACAUGACAUCUUCACUUGAUAAGUAAUUUCAUGAGGAAUGAAUGUGAUGAUAGUAGUCUAUACUGACUUCAUGGUGGAGAGCGUGGAUGCAGUGCCAACACCCAGCACGCUGGUGCAGCUCGCAGGCGAGGAUGAGGAGGAUGGAAAGAAGAAGGACGACACGGAUGAGGGGGAUGGAAAGAAGAAGGACGACACGGAUGAAGUGUAAUAUUCAUCUAGUUUAUUUACAACAUGUCAACUAUGUCGAGAGUCUUUAUUCCAGCUGCUUCCUGCUCUAUCGUAUUAUCUACGGGGUCACGUCGUCCUAUAGUUAGCAGAGAAGAUGAUCAUGGAAUCUUGAUAUAAUACAUCGUAGGGAUAUGGAACGUAAAAACCUACUCACACUCUAAACCACUAAAUUUUUUGAGACAUAUUAGGUUCAGGGCAGCUGGAGCUAGCUAGUUAACUAGAUAGUUUAAAGGCCAGGUAAGUCGAGCCAAGUCGCGAGUCUCAUGGAGGGCCAACUGGAGAUCUGAGCAGCUGGACCGAUGGGACCUACCUUGGUGUUUCAAGUGGGAUCUGUGUUGAGAAUUUGGCCAUUGAAGUGAGAACUUGUUCAAAUGCUGGUGAUGCGGCACCGCCUUCAGCUGCCCUGAACCUAAUACGUCUCAAAAAAUUUAGUGGUUUAAAGUGUGAGUAGGUGUUUACGUUCCAUAAGGGAACGAAGAAGAUGCUGUAAUAGCAAUGAAGUUAGUGAAUACUAGAGUUUUUAGGUAAGAAAUAUCGACUCAAUGGUACAGACAAAAGAUUCUUACUUGUGACGCAAAGGGUAAGGGUAUAGCUCUUCCCCUAUUGAAGGUGUUGCGACCACCUCUUGCUAGGCACAUUCGUUCAUUCAGUCACACAACAAAUUGCCAGUAUGACUCACCACACUCUUGCGUCAGGUCUUCGAAGGGGAAGAAGGCGAAGCGAAAGAAAGUCGAGAAGAGUGAAGAAUGCUGCUGUGGCCUAUGCGAGGAAAGUAAAGAAGAAAAAAAGCUUGGGGACCCUGAUGCAGGAAAAGAAGAUGAGUAUCUAUGUGAUCCAUUGUGAAACAAGAUCCAAAUCCCCACUGAAAUCCGAAAUCUUCUGAUCCAGUUCCGCAGCGUCAGCGUCCUACUUAGCUA